AUGAGUGACAAAUGUACCAUUUGCAACAAUAAAAACGAAAGCGACGAUUGGAUACAGUGUGACAUAUGUCUCGAUUGGUUCCACACACCCUGUGUUCGACUUCUGGCCUCAGACGUGAAAGACUUACAUUCGUACCAUUGUGUGGAGUGUGCACGCGACCAUGGCCCGCUGGUUCAAAGGCGAAAACUGAAGCGUACAAAGACCAAAAUCGACUACAUAGCACUCGACCAAGGCGAGGUGUUUGCUGUGGAUAAGGAAGUGCAUCCACACCUUCAUAAAUUUUUACAGUAUACCCCAGACGCUUCUUGCAUCGACAUCACUGAUGAGCUUACGGCUGAUUAUGCGUUACGCACGCGUCUUACGAAGCCCGUACUCGUUCCACGAGCCGCUAGUCGAGGUAUAGGAGGCAUGAAGUUUCCUCAAAACCCCACCGAUAUCACCAUUGAUUACAUUGCCGAAUGCGUUGGCGACGAUGAGCCAGUCGAAGUGAUGGACGUACUUUCUCAGCAGGGAAGUGGUGGGUGGACCAUGGGACGCUGGCGUGACUACUUCAAAACCGAAAAAAGUGACCGAGACCGGAUCCGUAAUGUUAUUUCAUUGGAAAUAUCGCAGGUUGAAGGUCUAGGUCGAGACUUUGUACGGCCGCAAAUGGUGCGUGAUCUCGACAUUUUGGACACGGUUUGGAACGACGACGUCCUGGGUGAGAAGCCCCAGGUGUCCAAGUACUGCUUGAUGUCGGUUCUGGGCUCAUACACCGACUUUCACAUCGAUUUUGGUGGUACUUCGGUCUACUACACCGUGUGUUCUGGUUCGAAAACGUUCCUCAUGUUUCCUCCCACGGAGCACAAUCUCCAGUUGUACGAGUCGUGGUGCUUAGAGGAACACCAGAACUUUAUGUGGUUUCCUGAGUACACAAUUGGCCGCAAAUCUCGAGGAAAACUGUCAUUUGCAACCGGAGGUUUUGCCGUCACAUUAUCGCCGGGCGACCUUUUCAUCAUCCCCAGUGGCUGGAUCCACGCCGUCCACACGCCAGUCGAUUCCAUAGUCAUUGGCGGCAACUUUCUUACGUUCAUGAAUCUCGCUACCCAAGUCCGCAUCAACCAAAUUGAACGGUCCACAAAAGUCCCGCCCAAAUUUCGGUUUCCCCAGUUCAACCGAGUACUCUGGCUCGCAGCAGCACACUUGGUGUUCCAUUCUCCCACCAACUUACUACCUGGACCCUUAAAACAACAUUCUGACGACGACUCUAUUGUUGGUGAGCCGCGCGACCCGAUAGCCGACAACGGCUCGGCCCAAACUGCGAUACACGAACUCUACCAACAUCUCUGCUGGCACUAUGAACUCAGUAAAUCAAACAAGGUGGCUCGUGCCAGCAUCCCUAUAUCCACGGUAGGCAAGGAUAUUCCGCAAUUUCUCUCCCAAUUGUCCCAAUUUUCACAACCAUUGUGA